GAUGUAGAUGAGUAAAAAGUAAGUGGAAUAGCAGUCAGCGACCAACCAACAAAGCGUGCUUCGCAAACUCCUAAGAGCUACCGAAAAAAGGCCAAACAAAAACUUACAAGUUUUUGAAAACUUCGAAAAGAAAAUCAAAUAAUUCAUUUUUUUGACAAAACCCCCGUUUUAUAAACACACACACAUUUAAAAUGGCAGAUGCAGGAAGCGAUAAUCCAAUCUACGGACCCUUCUUCGGUGUUAUGGGAGCCGCCUCAGCUAUCAUCUUCAGUGCUUUGGGAGCCGCCUAUGGUACAGCCAAAUCUGGUACUGGUAUUGCUGCUAUGUCAGUUAUGAGACCAGAAUUGAUUAUGAAAUCUAUCAUUCCCGUUGUUAUGGCUGGUAUUAUUGCCAUUUACGGUUUGGUCGUAGCUGUCCUUAUUGCUGGUGCUUUAGAUGAACCAUCAAAAUACUCCCUAUACAAGGGUUUCAUUCAUUUGGGUGCUGGUUUGGCUGUAGGUUUCUCUGGCUUAGCGGCUGGUUUUGCGAUCGGUAUUGUGGGUGAUGCUGGUGUAAGAGGUACUGCCCAACAACCACGUCUUUUCGUUGGUAUGAUCUUGAUUCUCAUUUUCGCUGAAGUCUUGGGUCUGUACGGUCUCAUUGUUGCCAUCUACUUGUACACAAAAUAAAUUCAUAAUACAAACAACAACAACAACAACAAAAACAAAAACUGCAACAGUUUUAACAACAACAACAACAAGAAGAAGAAGAAUAGCAACAAGAGCAUUAACCUUAAUAACAGCAACAACAACAACAACAUCUUUAACUUUAUUAUUAAAUUUUAUGUUUUUUUAAUAAUAAAGUAAGUCCAAGGACCUGUUUUAUAAACUUC